CAAUCUCCGCCCCGCCCACCGCACACAGCCACCAGACUGGGCCCCUCGCGGCCGCGUCUGGGUUACGUCACCAACGGGUGCGCUCUUCGCGUGUCGCCAACGGUCGUGGCAGAACGUUACGCGUUUGGCGUGCUGGUUGCCUUAGAGACGGAGCCGAGCCUGGGCGGCCGCGGAGAAAACACAAGGACAGCGGGGCCCCUGAAGAAGCCAAGAUGCCGUCAAAGGAAAGAACAAAAGGAAAGGACAAAAACAAAAGCAAGAACAAAGGCAAAAGCAAAGACAAGAAGAUGAUAAUAAAAGCUAAUGAAUCUACAGUGGAAAGAGCCAAGGCCAAUGCCUCCCUUUGGGAGGCCAGGCUGGAAGUCACAGAACUCUCUAGGAUUGAAUAUCGUGAUACUUCCCGGAGACUGGCAAAAAGUAAUGAGGAGUUAAAGAAACAGCAGUAUAAAAUGGAGAAAGACACCAUGUCUGUAUUAAGUUACCUGAAGAGGCAGGAUCAGGAAAAAGAUAAUAUGAUUGAAAAACUGAAACAGCAAUUGAAUGAAACAAAGGAAAAAGCCCAAGAGGAGAAGGAAAAAUUGGAACAAAAGUAUACUGUGCAAAUCAGUGAGCUGGAGGGACAGUUCCACCAAAAAGCCAAAGAAAUUGGCAUGAUUCAGACAGAGCUGAAAACAAUAAAACAAUUCCAGAGGAGAAAAAUCCAAGUGGAAAAAGAAUUAGAUGAUUUGAAGGAGAAUUUAAGGAACACAGAGCAGAAACAUCAGGAGACUCUUAGAAGAUUGGAAGGCAGGUUUUUUGAAGAAAAGCACAGACUAGAACAAGAGGCUGAGAAGAAGCUAAUAAUGCUGACAGAGAGAGCUCACCAUGAGGCUGUUGUGCAACUGAACAAUGCUGGAAGAACUGUUUUUAAAGAGAAUGUUUAUCUUCAGAAAGCUCUUGCAUACCACCUAAAGGAAGCUGAUGCUCUACAAAAAAACUCCCAGAAGUUACAAGAGGCUCAGACUUUCCUUUUACAACAAAAGGAAAUCAAUGACCUGUUGGUUAAAGAAAAGAUAAUGCAACUUACCCAGCAAAGAUCACAAAUUCAAACUCUUCAGAAAAAGGUGGUGAGCUUGGAAAAUGCCCUGACUUGUAUGACCAGAGAGUUUGAGACUGAAGUUUUAAAACUGCAGCAACAGGCAGUGAUAGAGAACCAAGCUGGUCAGGUUGAAAUUGACAAACUGCAGCAACUUCUUCAGAUGAAGGACAGGGAAAUGAAUCGAGUAAAGAAGCUGGCCAAGAAUAUACUGGAUGAGAGAACAGAGGUGGAAAGGUUCUUUUUAGAUGCUCUACAUCAAGUGAAACAACAGAUUCUAUUUAACAAGAAGCAUUAUAAGCAGGUAGCACAAGCUGCUUUCAAUUUCAAAAUGAGAAAGGCAUGUGCAGGAAAAACUGAAUAUCCCAAAAUUCGAACGUUUCAUGGCAGAGAGCACAGCACCAACAGUGUGAAUCAGGAUCUUAUGGAGGCUGAGAAAUGGACAGGUAUUCAAGGAAAUGUGGAUAUUGGAGAUUUGACUUGGGAGCAGAAGGAAAAAGUCUUGAGGUUGCUCUUCGCAAAAAUGAAUGGUUUUGUUCCUAGGGGACCUACUGACAAGCACUGCUGAACAAUAUGUGACCCUGCAGAAGCUGCUGGCAGGCCAUUCCUUGCAGAAUCCUUGUUCCUGACUAUGUUCAACUAAGUUUCUUAGAAGAAAAAACUUUUAAACUUAAGUUACCUGUUUGCCAUAGAAGUUGGUGUCUCCCCUGAAGGAAGAUCGAGAGCCGGUGAAUGAGAACAUUGGCAAAGGCACUGGAAUGGGGACAUUCACCCCCACCUAAAGCAGAACAAAUCCACGUCAACUAAUAAGAAAGGACUCAAAGGAAUUCUCCAUUUAGAAGCACAAAUGUUUGGCAUCAGAGAAACCAAUUUUAAAUAUCUACCUUCCACCUCAUCCUCUAUCCCAUGAACUUUGAUUCCUGAGCAAGAAAUGGGGCACUGUGGGAGACCAGAGGGGCAGCGACAGAUCCUGUUUACUAUCUCCCCUUAAACAGGAGACAGUAAAUGGCUGCAAGAAUCUCCUAGAAAUUUAGUUCACAAACCUGCCCAAUAUCCACCAGGUGGGAAUAUUUCCGAGCAGUGGCUCCAUUGGUGGUGAAAAUGGCAGUUCCAUUUCCAUAUGGGUUGUUAUUUACAAUCUUGAUGGCUUCAUCCAAAGUGUCUGCCUCCAGAACCACAAGAACUGGGCCAAAAAUCUCUUCUUUGUAACAGGUCAUAUUUGGCUGCCAGGAGUGAUGCAUUCAGAAAAGAAGUCAAUAUUUUAUGCUUAUUUGGUACUUUAUUAUCCACUGUUUACAUGGAUAGCUUUUGUUAGUAAUCUCUUUUCAUUUCAAGUCCUUUCUUGCUGUGUUACAUCUUCCAAGCUAUCAUAAACAAUUUGGAAUUCCUAUUAACUAUGCCUACACUCCUUUCUUUUAAGCACUGUAUUUUUAGGUCCCAUGACCUAUCACUAGCUUCCUUUUUUAUAUCUGUAUAAUUUGUUUAUACAGUUGUUAUGCUACUGAAGUUACACGAAAAUUCAUUUUUUAUAAAGCACAUAUA